AUGUCUCGAGUAAUCAACCGGCUCCCUCCCUUACCCCCUCCUCGAACGUGGUAUACCCACUUCCCAUCGAAAUACCUACCCGCUUCUCCUGACAGGAACAUGAUCCGUAAAUCGAUUGGAAGGAAGCUCCUGGCGAAUCCAAAGAUGUGCGAUGAUUUUGUCAAAUCUUUAAAUCUGCGUGAAGGAGAGGUGGUGAUUGAUGCGUAUUCAGGUGUGGGAAGUUUGACUAGAAGUUUGUUGACUGGUGGUAAUUACCUGGAGGAAUCGAAGAGCUGGACACCUGCUUUAGUGGAAGAAGUGUUGACAGAAGACAAAGAUCAAGAUGAGGUGAAGAAAUCAAUUUCGAAAAGUAAAGUGAAAAAGCAGAAGUAUCCUUUAUGGUUGGAAGAUUUGCCUCCAUCGCUAUCCACCACAACCAACGCAGCCACUUCCCCCACUUCCUCCGCUGAAGUAGAGAAGAAAGAACCUAUAAAACCCAAAUUAGUUGUAUCUUCCGAAGGGUCAUUAGAAUUACUCGUUCGAUCAUUCAACUAUCCACCCAAACCAUCUAACCCACUAAGUACGAUAGGUAGAGAAAUAUCUCAAGAUCCAUAUACACGUCCUGUACCAGUCAUCACCACACCUUUACAUCCCAAUUUACUAUUAUCACAUUCGACGGCAUACGUUUGGCCAACAUUACCUAAACUAUUAGAAAACCCUUUGGUCCAAGCUUCUCUACCUGUCCAUAAUCCGGAAUUACCACCCGGGGAUAUAGAGGCGUAUAAGAGGAAAUGGGAAGAUCCUGAACCUCCCAUAACGAUCGUUUGUCAGAUGCCUGAUUCGAGCAUAGGCGAACAACUUGCGUCACAGUGGGUGGGGAGUGCUGUAGGUGAUCCGGGUCAGAAAAGGACUUGGAUUUGGGAAUGGGGAAGGAUAAGGUUGGCUCUAUUGUGUGGUAAAAGUCUGUACGAUCGUAUCCUCGCCCCACCUGGCUCGGUGAUCCACUGUAAACUCUCUAUCCUCGCUCAAGCACUAUUCGAUAUAGUCCCUCUCCCACCAUACCACCACGUCCUCAACGUCGACAAACAAUCUAGAUUCUCACAUGAUCGACCAUUCAAGUCUCUCUCCGAAGUUCUUCCAUCCACCGUCCCACCUAAUGGUAUACCCGUAAAUCCACCUUCGUCAAUUGACACAUUUAUUCGUCCAGAACAUGGUCAGCGGACAUUAACAUAUCCAUUAGAUUUUUAUCCUCCUGUAACUGCCGCUCAGAGGUCGAUUGGUAAACCCCUAGAACGACCGGAUCUAUUAGGGUUGAUGUUAAUUCCAAAACUCCAUUCACCGAUCUUAUCAAGUCAGAAAGAUACUUGGGAUUACUGUAUGAGACGUUUGUUUGUCAGAGAUACCCUGACUCUAACUAAGGCCAUACCGAAUUUAUCAUUUGGUGCUGAAACGCUCUUGGCUCAUAUUGAAGAUCAGUCGACGGAUAGGUAUAGGGGUGUACCGGUUGACGGAAGACGGGUGAUUAGGGAUUUGAGAGUCGAGGAAUGGUUGAGGAUUGUGGAUGUUUUUGAUAAUUGGGCUUUCAAACCUGAUAACCUCAUCCUCGAUUCGGGCAGUCCAGACGAAACGAGUAGAGAAGUAGGACAAGACUGA